AUGACCGUCUCACAUCGCAAGCGACAGCAUCAGCCGGAUGAAAUACAAACGGUGAACGAACCAGGGCUGCAGAUUCAAUGCGACUCGUGCAUGUGUGAUCUGACACACUCCAUCCGUAUCAAAUGCGCAGACCCAGUAUGUGAACCAGGCGACGGUGUGGACAUCUGUCCCGCUUGUUUCUGCCAGGGAAAGGAAUUUGGAAAACACAAGCGAGGGCAUGCAUAUCGCAUGGUGGAACUUCACUCAUACCCGAUCUUUUCGGAAGAUUGGGGUGCAGACGAAGAAUUGCUCUUACUAGAAGGGAUAUCCCUUCAAGGUAUGGGUAACUGGCAGGCAAUAGCGGAACAUGUCGGGACGCGCACAAAGGAAGAAGUAGAAAAGCAUUAUAACACCGUCUACGUCGAUUCUCCGAAUUGGCCAUUACCUAAUAUGAAUGUUCAAUUUAAUAUAGAUCCAAACGAAUUUCAGGAGAGAAAGCGGCGACGAAUGUCGCACAUGAACACAGCCCCGCCGCCACCGCCCAAAACAGCUCCGACCUCCGGUCCAGGUAUACACGAAGUGGCUACAUUCCUCCCUGGCCGACUGGAGUUCGAGCAUGAGUUGGAUAACGAUGCAGAGGAUCUGGUAAAAGAUCUCGAAUUCGGAAUAUGCAACGAAUGGAAUGGCGAUGAAAUCAUAGAGGAUGAGAACGAUCUCGAUGUUCGUGCAAGAGCACGUUGGGUGGAGGAAAGAAAGUCGGGUAAAAAAUCGACAAGUAGCACUCAGACUCUGGUCAAUGGUACGAACGGGACGACAAACGGACAUCAUAUCCCUGUUAAUGACCUGCCAAAGCGAGAAUCUCGGACUAAAUCGGAAGAUACUAAUACGGAGAAUGGGGCUGGCGAUGACGAUGCCAAUGCAGAGGAGGUAACGCAGCCACCACCAUACGAAACGAAGGAAUCGCUGGCCUUCAAGCUGACCUUGUUGGAGAUGUAUAACCAGCGAGUAGACAAGCGGCAUGAGGCCAAGGCUAUCAUGUUUGAUAGGGGACUGUUGGAAUACAAGAAGAUGCAGGCUGCCGAGAAAAAGAGGCCGAAAGACGAGAAGGAUAUUGUCCAGCGACUUCGCCCCUUCGCGAGGCUUCAAACAGCAGAGGAUUACGAAGUUUUCACUGCCGACAUACUUUACGAAGCAAUACUCCGAAAGAGAAUCCAAGAGCUGCAACAUUAUCGUCGGAUGGGCUUGACGACUGCUGCUGAUAUCGAAAAGUAUGAAGCCCAAGCCAAAGCAAACCUUUCCCGCGACUAUUACUCAUCAGAGCGCUUGUCACAACUUCGUGCAGCAGGUACUGGUCGAGAAUCGGAAGGCAGAAAAAGUCAUGAACGGGAAAUAACACCGAAGCUUGGUGCAGCGAAUGCGAGUACUUCAGCAUCCGGUCCUGCAAAUCGCAAGCCAGCUGCCCCCCUCAACCUCGCCAACAGCCCUUCCCUCCACCUUCUCACUCCAGCCGAACAGACACUCUGUUCACAGCUCCGUAUCUUACCCAAACCAUAUCUCGUCAUCAAAGAAACUCUUGUGCGAGAGUAUGCACGACGUGGAGGUAAACUGCGUCGGCGAGAAGCGAGGGAUCUUGUCAAAAUCGACGUCAAUAAGACAAGUCGAGUAUGGGAUUUCCUCGUACAAGCCGGCUUUCUCAAGAUCACGCCGGACCCACAACCAGUUGCUAUCCAGGACCCUGCGUGA